AUGGAGGCUUUUGAUGCCUUGAAGAGUCAGUUCGGCGCACACAUCGUGACCAGGCCGAAUCCAGACAUCGUCGGUGCCAACAAGGACCAGCUGUCGACCUCGUCUGCUCAACUGCUUCAGUAUGCUUCCAAAGCUUGGACUACACUCAGACUGGACCCUUUCUCAAGCAGCAACAAGGCACCCGGACCGGAGUCUCGCAAGGUGCUUCUUCAGUCUUUCAGUGACAUAGAUGAGAAAGACGGUUCUUUGGUGUCGUACAACAACGGUUUUGUUGAUGGGAUUAUCCGUGCCUUUCAGCAGGACCUUCACCUCGUGCUGCGCCCUGAUGAUGUAUGGCUUGCUACCAUGGUUCAGUUCAGCUUCUACGUCAACGGCCAUGCUGAAGAAAUGAGGCGAUUCUUCGUCAAUCACGAAGGCAAGAAGCAGCUGGUUGUAGAUACCGGCGCGAGCAGCCCUUUAUCUGUUGACUUCAGCGAGAUUGCCCAAGCGUUCAAGGACUUGAUUCAAGCGAACGUUGUCGAUGCUGAACUCACGUCUUGGAUACUGCCAAAUUUCUCCACCACAACCAGCGAGGAUAUUACGACAACCACUCUAGUCAUGAUGGCAACUACAAAGGCAUACUUUGAAUUUAUUGCGAGGGGCGGAUGCGGUUUUCCCAGUGUCACGCUGCUUGGCGUGAGAGCAGAUUGGGUCAAACUUCUCGAAAAGGUGGCAAAGAUCGCGAUCUACGGCGGAGACCUUGCAGUCUGGAGCAGGCUUCUCACCAAAGUGGUAGAGAAGAUGAUUAAGACGUUUGAUCAGCCAGAUCUGCAGACAACCAAAGACUUUUGGAUGAGGGCGGUUCAUCAUGCCGGUGCAGAAGGCUCUGGCUCAAUCGAGACUCUUUCAGGUUGGAUCACGGCCUUUUGUCGUUGGGACGAGGAGGGCAGGAUGAUAAAGCAGGUCGACGAGGCUGGAAAGACCUGGGAUGGAAAACAUGUCGACAGGAAGCGAUUUGUCAUUGACGAUGUUCCAUUUCCCAUCAUUCGCGCCAAGGAUGUUCCACGAGCUGCGACCGAAGUACCAGUAACGGUCUUGGAUCACGAAGCCGACAUCUGCUACCAUACAACAGCAAUAGCAGGACUGAUCGGAGUGAAGCCAACGGCGAGCGAAGAGGGAGGCCCGCACGACACAUUUCAGCCACGAUGCUACCCAGGUUUCAUAGCGGAUGGCCCUGUGGGAUUAUUCGACUUUAGCGACCUGCCCAUGUCCGAAGUCGUUGGGCUCAAGAACUGGGAUGAGCUGCCUGGCAUCAAGGUGCACGAGUAUUUGCAUGAGUAUGCAAGAAAAUUUCAUCUUCUGGAGCGGUGCAAGUUUUCAUGCCGAGUCACGCAUAUUCGCCGUUCGCCGUCGGAAAAGGGGUGGACGGUUGAAACGCAAACUACGAGCCCUCAUGGGAAACCAGUUUCAGAGUCCCUUGACUGCGACAAGCUGAUUGUGGCCACGGGGAACUUUAACAAUCCGAAAUACCCUGAUGUCAAGAGCUCUGAGUUCAGCGGACUGGUGCUGCACACCAAAGACAUCGGGCAGCAGCACGAAGCCCUCCUCGGCAAAGACGUCGAGACAGUCGCCAUCUACGGAGGCGGAAAGUCAGCCAUCGACGCCGUAAAUCUCUGCAUAGAAGCUGGCAAGAAAGUCCACUGGAUCAUCAGCGACAAGGGCAACGGCCCCAACAUGCUGUUCAACACGCGGCUGAAAUGGGGCUUCCACGUCGGCCAGUUCGUCGGGCGAUGGAAGGACGUCUUUUCCGUCAGCAUCUUCAGCGUCGACACCUUCUUUGGGCGGUUCUUCUACAGCGGCAAGAAUAGGCUGGGCACGUGGCUCAUUGGCAAGUUUUGGGCGUUUGCGGCGAAGAAGACGAGGUCGGGGGCGGUUUAUGCGGGCAUGACGGAUGAGAAUAGGGAGAAGUUGCUGCCUGAAGGUGAUAGUGCCUUGUUCUCGCCAGUUGGUGGAGCUGCUUUGCAUAGCUGUCCCAAGUUCAUUCCAGAGCUGAGCAAGCCGGAUGGCCUCAUCACAGUUCAUCGAGCACGCAUUACCACAGCUCAAGAUCAGACUGUGCAUCUCUCUAACGGAGAAACUAUCCCCUGCCAGGCCUUGGUCUUUGGUACAGGCUGGACACCUGAAGAUAUGCUCUUUGAACCUGCCCAGGGGCUUUCCUUGGGCUUGCGGAAACCUACGGCACUCGAAGACGCAAACUCAACCCAAUAUUGGAAAAAGCUUCAUGAGAGAGCCGACCAAGAUAUCCUGUCGCUUCUGCCAAUUCUGAAAGAUUCACCUGGACCCCGGACCCCGGACCCCUUGACGCCAUACCGUCUAUAUCGGUACAUGCUGCCCUCGUCUCUUGCCGCAGCAAAUGAUCGCUCUCUCAUUUUCCUAGGAUACCUCGUCAGCAUCCAAACCCACAUCCUCAGCGAAGUCUCAGCUCUAUGGGCAAUCUGCUGGCUCGAGAACCUCGUCGAACUGGGGAUUCCAAAGAGCAAGGAAGACAUAGACUAUGAAAUUGCAAAGGUCAAUGCGUACUCGCUUCGGAAGAACUUGUCUCAAGAACCAAGCGCGGGCAGCGGGAUUCAGCAUUUCAUUGAUCUUUUGAUGAAGGAUAUGGGAUUGAAAGCGAAAAGGAAAGGGGGCUUGGGGGUCAAAGACGUCUUUGUGCCUUAUAGGUCCCAAGAUUAUCUCGGCAUUGUGGACGACGUCCUGCACAGGUCAAAGGUUUAG